AUGAGCGACUCGGAGGACGACGUGCUGGACUACGAGGAGGAGGCCGCGCCCGAGGUGGAGCUGGGCUUCGUCUGUGACGAGCCCGUGUCGCUGGACGCCAAGCCGCUGCACUGCGAGCCGGACUGGACCCAGUGGGACGGCGGACAGAUCGGUGGACGCCCGAGCUGGCUCUGUCCAUCGGCGGCGGGCAUCCCGUCCACCGAGCAGCUCUCGUGCGUCGAGUGCAGCGCGCCGCUGUCGUUUCUAUUGCAGAUCUACUGCCCGCUGGACGACCAGGAGGACGCCUUCCACCGCAGCCUCUACGUCUUCGUGUGUCGCGCCGCCGGCUGCAGCCGCCAGGGAGACGGCAAGGCCUUCCGCGUGCAGCUGCCCAAGCACAACGCCUUCUACGCGGCCGAGGGCGGCGCCGCGCAGCUCAAGCAGGUGGACGACAAAGUGGACCUCUGCGCACUGUGUGGACAGCGCGCGACGUUCACGUGCAGCGCGUGUCACGUGGCGCAGUACUGCAGCAAGGCGCACCAGAAGGACCACUGGACGGCCGGAGGACACAAGCAGACGUGCGGCCAAUGCCUCGAGUCGCACUCGCUCGUGGAGGCGGAGGACGCGCGCGAGAAGGCGAUCGCCAAGGGCUCCAAGUGGCUCUUCCCCGAGCAGGACCUCGAGAUCGACCAUGAGCCGGACAGCAGCGAGGCGGUAAACGAAUACGAAGCUAAGUUGAUGGCGGAGUUUGAGAAGAGUAAAUGUGUUCUGUGUGGUGGCUCAAAUGGUGUCUUCAUGUGGAAUAUACUAACGCUUCUCUUGGUUGCGCGGGGUUUCUUAGACAAGCAGGCGGGUGAGAAGGCCGGCGAAGAGGACGACAUGGACCUCGACGUCACGCAGCGCGAGCUGAACGAGGCACUCGGCCACACCAAGGACCAGGAUCCUCAGUACGUGCGCUUCCUCACGCGCGUGGCUCUGGCGAAGGACCAGGUGCUGCGCUACUCUCGCUGGGAGAACGAAGCCGUGCUCUGGGUGCACUCCGAGGGCAUGCACACAGGCGAUGUGCCGCCGUGCGAGCGAUGUGGCGGAGAGCGCAAGUUCGAGUUCCAGGUGCUGCCGCAGCUGCUGAACUACCUGUGCGUCGAUCAGCAGAGCUCGCUGGGGGACAUUUCGUCACGAAGUUGCGAGUGGGGAACGCUCGCCGUCUACACGUGUGCAAAGAGCUGUCCACUGGAGACUCAAUGCGCUCAGGAGUUCCUGCAUUACCAACCCGCGUACGCUGGCACCACCUAG